CAAAAAUGAUAAGCGUAAUAAUAAUAUAUUGACGUCGUCCUUGAACUCAGAAAAUGAGAGCAGUUCCCACCUGUCUCCCUGUCACUGCAAAUUGGCUACUUUCUUCUUCUUCUUCGUCCUCGUCCAAAUCGCAAAGCUCACCCAAUCUUUUCUUUCACAACUCUUUCAGAUUCCGCGCACUUCAUCAACUUCUCCGCCGUAACGUAUCGUCGACCUUGACUUUGACUCGCUGCUCAACUCACCUUCUCAGAAAGGUCGAAUUCUCCAUGGCCGAGUCCGAUUCUAGCUGCGAUAAUAUUCCUGCUUAUGCUGAAAUCGUUGUGGUGCGUCAUGGUGAAACGGAGUGGAAUCACGACGGAAGAAUUCAGGGUCAUUUGGAUAUUGAUUUAAAUGAUGCUGGAAGACAGCAAGCAGUUGCAGUGGCUGAAAGGUUAUCAAAGGAGCCCAAAAUCUCAGUUGUGUACAGUUCCGACUUAAAAAGAGCUCUUGUGACUGCUGAGACUAUUGCAGCCAAAUGUGGUGGAUUAGAGGUUAUUAAAGAUACUGAUUUACGAGAAAGGCAUUUAGGGGAUCUUCAAGGUAAAGUAUAUAGUGAUGCUGUCAAAGCCUGUCCUGAGGCGUACAAAGCCUUUACAUCUCCAAGUAAAGAUCAAGAAAUUCCUGGUGGGGGUGAAAGUCGAGAUCAACUCUUUGUACGCUGUACUUCUGCGUUACAGAGAAUCGGUAAUAAGCAUAAAGGAGAGCGAGUAGUUGUGGUUACUCAUGGAGGCGUAAUCAGAUCGCUGUACAAAAGGGCUUGCCCAAACGAGAAGACUGGACCGAAGGUACUCAACACUUCUGUCAAUGUGUUUCACUUGUCUGAUGGGGACAAAUGGACCUUACAGGUCCGGGGUGAUGUCUCUCAUCUUGAUCAAACAGGUUUUCUUGAAUCUGGUUUUGGUGGGGACAAAAAUUCUGGUUAGUUAUUACAUUAUGCCAUUUUCUAAUAACCAAUUCAAACACAUGAACAAGCUUCAGAGUACUGGAAAAAGUGUCGGGAAAUAAUUACUGGACACUAUUUUAAGCAGUUUUUCAUCCAACUUUGGGGAAGAGACUGAACCACUAAUGUUGUAAUAUUUAUAAUUACCGUAUUCUAAGAUAUAGAUGUAACUAAAAUGACUAUUAAUGCAAUAUUCUUGUGUUUCUUUUUUUCUUUAA